GCAGGCUGGCCAGUAGCCUUGAGCAACAAAUUCGACUGGGAAUAUUCAGUUAGUCAGAUUCGUUGACCGAAUCCACAACCUAGAGUCUACAAAAUUGAAGUCUACAACAAAUGAGCGACACGAGCGGACAACCGGGCAAGAGUCCGGCACCCGAGGCUAAGCCAGAAGGCAGGGAGUUUCUGGAUGAAGGGUCCAAGGAGGAUCUACUGGCGGACACGCAGGUGAUACGCCGGAGUCUGGAGAGCCAACUCGAUAAACUGCGCGAGGAGAAGAGGUGGGCGGAGCAGUGCAAUACCCAGCUUAAGAUCGACCUCGAUAAAAUCAAAAAGCGAUACAACGCCCUGGAGUCGGACUUUGAGGCCAUGGUGUUGGAGAAGGAGCUCAAGAUACAUUCGCUCGAACUGGCCCAGAUUCGAUGCCAGCAGCUGGAGCCAGAGAACGUGCGCCAGCAGCAGUACAUCACGCAGCUGGAGGCCAGGCAGGCGACCUUGGAGAACACCAAUGCCCAGCUGAAUAGGCACUUGAAUGACAUCGUGGCUGAGAUGAGUUCGCUCAAAGAUAUUUUACUCAAGAAUAAUAAGUCUCGCGUGGGUUUUUUUUGUCGAGAUAAUACUGUCACGCUGAAAAACCAACUGGAAGGGCGGGACAAGGAGAUGCACCUGCUGAUUGAGCAGGAGCACGAGACACUAAAUACCGUGGCCACAUUGUAUGAGGAGAAAACACGACUGCAGCUGCGCAUUGUGCAAAUGGAAAAGAAAUGGGGCCGCAGAGAAACAAUAUUUGUCCAAAAGCUAUUUGCAGCUACAGCAGAAUAUUCAUCCGUUUAUAGCCAAACAGUAUGCGCUGCGCCUGGAGCUGGAUCGGCACAAAGGCCUCUUGGUAGCUGCCCAAACGGAGGUGGAUCGGUUGACCCAACUGCACGCAGAGACGCAGGCAGGCGAAAUGAGAGCCAGAGAACUGCAGAUGUGGACAAUGCAAAGUUCUUCGAUGUCAAGCUGCAACUCGACGAUUCCCUCACGCUGCAGAGCCUCUGCGCCCGCACCCCAACUGUGGACAUUUCCACCACCCAACAGAGUGUGCCCAGCGGACUCAAGCGGAAUGCCGUUCAAUAUAUGGCGUUUAUCAAGCUGCAUGAAAAGCAGGGCGCAAGUAGUGAUGCCAUGCCCACCCAUUCCAACAAGAAACAUUUUUGCUGA